GAUUGGUGGAAUAGACCGGGCUAUGUAGCUGUGUGGAGAUGGCGGCUAACCGACAAGUAGUACCGUGGAUUAAUAAGGCGGAAUGGGAGCAGGUCUUGGAGUAUCUGUACAGCCGGGAUAGUAAGCUCCAGCAGGAUGCACUGAAUCACAUCUCUGCCUGGAAGAGCAGAUGUGGGAACAGUAUGCCGCUUGCUGUGGAAUGCACUGCUGACCUCGUUCGCUGCAAGAUUCUAGAUGUGACUGGAGGGAUGGGUGAACAGGAGCUUGCCUUACUCUAUGGGAUGGCACUCGUCAGGUUUGUGAAUAUUAUCACAGAAAGAAAACAGAAGACAAUGGCUAUUCCUUUAAGGCGUCUAGCUAAUGAGUUGAAUAUUCCUGAGUGGGUGGUGAACCUUCGGCACAGUGCCACUCAUGGAAGGAUGCCCAAAUUGAACAUGUAUCGGAAAGGUUGGGACUUUGUUAUGGAAUGGCUAAGGCAUGAGUAUUGGUCCCGCCAGUUUGGUAGUUCUUCAAACUCUCAGUGGGUGUCAGAAGGUGAGGAUUCAGAUGGCCUGGAGGAUGUGAUUCCCCCACCUUCAGUUAAAGCACAAAAAGAAACCAUUGCUGGGAAACUCCGAGAAGCUCUUCGUUCCUAUACAAGUGAACAGUUUAAGGUAACGCCACAAAUUUUCUUCUCUAACCACCAGCUAAUGUUGAAUAGGUAUUGGCGAUGCACUUUGCAUUCAUGGUUGUUUCUGAAAGGCACUGGGAUUUUAUGAUGUAUUAAUGGGUUGUCUUUUUUUUUUUGUCCCAGCUGUCGAACAGCAAUUGAUAUUCUUGUGGAGGAUGGCUUCAUGAUACCCACUGCAAGACAGCUGAUGACACUGAAGAUAGAGCAAGAAGAUCAAGAUGAAAAUCUAUGCCUGCCUCGCAUACUACUCAGGUUUUGGCAGCCACUGCUCAAGGCUAUGCACUGCCAUGUUUUCACUCAGGAGCUGUUGGAAAAAAUGUUUUCGGAGUUGGGAAGGUGCAAGGAGAACAACGCACAUGCCAAAGUCCACUAUCUGAGCUGCUGGAUCUCAGAAAUCUUGACUGCCAACCACAAAGCAGGGGCAGAUGGAAAAACCUCAUUUCUUUCCCGCACCCAGGCAUCUGUGAAAAGCAAAUGGAAGCUUUUUAGUCAAGUAGUAUACUUACAAUGGAAACCGCUGAUGCAGAAGUGCCUGGAGUUUCCAUGUCGGACAACUCCACAGCUGCUGAGGCUAAUGUUUUCGUACAUGAAGCCUCGAUUGCCUGCAACCACACAGGAGAAGCUUCUAUGCCUCUGCUCCAUAUAUACCCAGAACGAAGAUCUAGAUGCAUCUCUGGACUAUAGCAACCAACCUAUAUACACUGUAGAAAGCCUUCAGUGGAAAAUAAAGCAAGAGUCAAAGGCCAAAGUUUCCAAUCAUUGGGACAGAUCAUCGACUGAGGAUGACGAGGAUAUGAAUGAGCAGAUGGAGGAUGAGGAAAUGAUCACAGAAACAUAUGAGGAAGAAUAUAUAGAGAUGAUCAAUGUUAAAUCUGCAUCUGAGAAGAGAGCUGCAUUGGAGGGCUCUGCAUGGGGUGUCAGCUCAGAAUGUGUUAAGUGGAGCGACUACCCUCUAGGACUGGUACCAGGGCAGACUCGGGACCCCAGCUGCCUUCUGAUUGAGAACUACUCUAUGAUGUCUGUCCUGGAACAACAGGACUCUGAGGCUAGGAAGAAUGGACAGAGCACCCUGAUGGGCACCCAGAAUAUCCGAUCAUCUGACAAUAUGUUCUGGACUCAGAAUGAAUUGAAUCAAAUCAAAGCUGGCCUUCGACUCUUCUGAAGGGUUUUAUUUCCAUCUCUGCUGCUUUUACACGGAGCCUUUUAUAAUCUGACUUCUUAGUGCAGAUGGACGAGCAGCAAGAACAACUUCCCUGAACUAUGUCCAAAGUGUAUUAUUAUAUUUUUUUUUUUUUAUGGCAAUUCACUUGUAUAGGUUUCCUAAUUAUUCUCAUUUUCAAAAUUGUUUGUCAAAU